AAAAAAGGAUAGAUAUUCCAACUUAUUUUCAAUCAUAUUUUAAAACGAUCGUAUUUUGUCUCGACUUUCUGGGAAAUGUUUUUCCGUGAAAUGUUGAGCAGCUCGCUCGUUCGAGAAGUCCGGGAAUUUCGCGACUCCAGAUCAGCGUUAGUGGAGUAUAUACAGCCAAACAUUGCAACUCUGAUCAAAAACAUUAGACUGUGUUUUUUUCUCAUACUAAUACAGUAGGUCUGCAAGAGUGCAGUCGACUAUCAGUUCAGACGUGAGUGCGUUAAAGGAAGAGUACAUGGUUAUAUUAAUGUGCAAUACAUGAGUGCUUAAUAUUUUACGUUACUAGACUCGAUAAUUGCAUUACUAUUGUUACGGAGUGGUGGUGGGUUACGUCCGUGACACUAUAAAAAUGUCGUGUUUUAUAAGUGGAUGUAAAUCAAAAAUAAAAAAAAAAGGACAACGACAGUGAACUGCGUAUAGCUAUGUUUAGGGCCACAUCAGAUGAAAUUUUUCGUUUAUGGCAAAAAGCUAUUCCAAACGGCAAUUCGUUGCGAAAGCACCAUCGCAUUUGUGAACUUCAUUUUAAAAAAGAUGAAGUCGAGAAAGAAUUCAUCCACGUUCUUCCCGAUGGCAGUAGAUAUACAUUGCCAAAGGAUAAAUGUUCCCUAAAAAAAGGUUCGGUGCCGUCUAUUUUUCCAUUAAUUGAGAAAGAAACCAAUGCAGAAGAUCGACAACCAGUAUGCUGUGCUGUAGUCUCUGUAGAAGUUAAUUAUUUGCCGAAAGCAAUUGGUGCAUGCAAUGCUUCGUCAACUAGUCCGCUGUUACCUUCAGGAAGUAGUAACCAAGAGGUCGAAGUUUUUGAAAAUGCCGGAAAAGUAAGAAAUGAAAUAGUUAACAAAGCUGCAGAAAAUACGGAAUAUUUACGAAGUAUUAGCCAAGAGAAUGUAGUCCUUGAAAAUAACGGAAAUUCACGAAGUUAUGAGAUUACACUAGACAAAACGUUUAAAAGACAAUGUUUAGACGAAACUGCAAUUGAGCCUGCGAAAGAAUUAACGUAUAGCGCUGAAAUCAAUUUUACACCAACAAUUGCGGGUUGUUGUCGGCAACAUGGUACACUGCACGAUCUUGCUGGUACUUUACGUGAAUCGGAACCUCCUGCGGCGAAUGCACAGUUUCAAACAAUCUGUAAUGAUCUCAUCAAAAAUCCUCAAACAAUUCCUUUACCUGCAACGUGGAUUCCACAGGUAAUAAGUACUGGACAACCAUGCAUAAUGUGGGCGGAAUGGAAAAAACAAUACAGUGGAAUAUAUAAACGUAUCAUCCUUUUUCCGGAUAUGAGUGUAAAAAUUUACAUCGAAGAAUGUCUUAUUUCUAUCGCCCAAAUCAACAAAGUGGAAGAUGUCGAUGAUAUUAAUGAAUUAAUAUCCUUUGUUGCUCAGGCAGUGUUUCCUUGCCAGAAAAUUGACGGCAUAAAAGCACCGACUUGCCCUGGGUAUAUUGUAACGAAGAUUUCUGCACCUGGUCCAAAAUUAAGUACAUGCACGGAUUGCACAAUUCUACGACAGAAUCGAAAGAAGACACUUACUGCUACUGAUCAGAUUCGCAAGCUUAGAGAAUUCCGCAGAAGGCGUACGUUCCAAAGUCGUAAUUAUAAAAGAAACAAAAAUAGAAUGAUAAAAAAGAUUGCUGAUCUGAAAGAUAAAGUGCAAAGUCUGAAAAGUAAAUGCGCUAUGGCAGAUGGGAAAGCAGUACAAAAAGCUUGUGAGUCGUUACCCGAAGGUCAACGGACUGCCGUGCAAGCAUGUCUUAACGCAUCAAAAGUAAAAGAUAAAAGAGGUAUUAGGUAUACAAACCAAUGGAUAUAUGAGUGCCUUCUAUUAAGAACUAAGAGUCGAAAAACGUACAAUCAUUUACGCAAUCAUAAUAUAUUAGCGUUGCCAUCUUUACAAACAUUAAAUCGCUACAUGAGAGUAAUAAAAAGUUCUUAUGGUUUCGAUGCAAAAACUUUGGAUGUUUUGAAGACAAAAGUCGAGUCCAUGGAUCAAUCAGAUGUACAUGGUGUUUUACUAGUCGAUGAAAUGAAGCUGUCGAAAAGCGUUUCUUUUAAUCGGCAAAAUUUACAAAUGGAGGGUUUCACUGAUCUUGGCAUAUACACACCUGAACAUCAGAAGGGACAAAAAGGUGACCACGCGCUUGUAAACAUGUUCCAACCCUUCAAAGGGAAAUGGGUGCAAGCACUAGGUUGCUUUCUCAGUAAAGGUAGUGCGAACGGCACAGUUUUACAUCAUAUGAUGGAGGCCAUCAUCUUAGCUGAGAAAGCCGGCUUAAAAGUCGAUGCAAUUGCCAAUGAUGGUGCAUCGUGGAACCGUACGAUGUGGGAUUUGUUUGGCGUUACGGAAGAUUGCGUCAGUAUAGAGCACAUCGUUGAUCCAGAACGCAGAUUAUGGUUUUUUUCGGACUUUCCACAUCUAAUAAAGUGUGUGCGCAAUUUCUUUUCGAAGCAAGAAAAACAUGCUAACGUUUGGACACCCGAUGGACAUGUUUCCUUAAAACAUUGGUACGCUCUCCUAGCUAUUGAAAAUCCCAACGCAUAUAAUUUAAAAGUAAAUUAUCACUUAAGGGAAGAGCAUAUUAAUCCGCAAUACUACCAAAAAAUGAAUGUUGCUCUAGCGUUUCAGUUCUUUGGAGUUGCUGAUAGUAUGCAAAUCUUUCAAGAUAAACAUCCGGAUCUUACAGAUUGUGAGGGAUAUAUUAAGUUUUGUAGAAGGAUUAAGUCACUUAUUACCGCCAUGAAUAGCAGAACGCCUUUAAAUAGCUUAAAGCCAGGCAACGAAAUAUGGCAGAGUAUUAAAUCCUUUUUGGUAUAUCUAAAAGAAUGGGAAGUGCAAGCAAAAUCUCGAAAUUUUGAAUUUAUAACUGAUUCGACAUUUUAUGGUUUGAAAGUGUCCUUGAAAGCGGCUUUAGAGCUUUGUACAUUUCUUGUUGAAAAGUGCGAUUUCAAAUACGUCAUGACAUCUAGGUUUAAUCAGGAUAACUUGGAGAGAUUUUUUGGCUUGAUGCGCAACUGCUGCGGAUCGAACGAUCAUCCCGACUCAACAUUAUUUAUACAGAUGUAUAUACUUGUGUCGACAUAUUCCCUAAUCAAACCACCCAAAGGUUCUAAUGUUUCUGGUGCUGAGAUCGUGGAUGUAUUGCUCAGCAUAAAAGACAUUAAAAAUGUGGAUGAUCGACGGGAGCAGUGGGAUGCGCAAAUCGACACUAUUUUAGAUAAGGGUGUGCACGCCGAUACCCUAUCUGACGUUGUAAAAUUGAUGGAAGAGCACGACUACUUCCAGUGUUCUACAUCAGACUAUGUGUUAGCGUACGUAGCAGGCUUCGUAGUACGAAAAGCUACGAGGUUUGCGAAAUAUAUAUCGAGCGACGGAAAGCCUUUAGUUUGUAAGGAUUGUUUAACGUCGUUGGAACGAUCAAAAAAUGACGAGGAAUCAGACAUAUACAAAUUGAUACGCAUGCGAACUAAGGGCUUUCUGAAGGAACCUUCGAUCAAACUUUUUAAUUUAAUAAGUUUAUUGGAGUAAGCGACGUUAAAUGUAUUAAAUACGCGUUCUAUAAACGCAGAUACAAUAUUCCAUAUAACGAAAGCUUUGGACGAGCUUGCUCCAAUUCCGUUCGUCGGUUGUGACGUACAUAAAAUAUCAUUUACACACCGGAUAAUUAGUUUUUUUCUUACUACCAGAAUGUUUUUUACAGCCAAACAAGAAAAUAAAAAUUACUGUAUAGAGAAGGAAAGAACGAGAGAAAAACGAAAGCUAAGCAAAUUGGCAUACGCUCCAGACAAUACUACAGAGUUGCAAUUGCAAAACACGAAUGCAACAAGAAAGCGUAAUCUUUCAAAGACUCGCAAACCAAAAAAAACGUAAAACCGCCGCGCAAUAAGUGAAUGUAUAAGAGCUAUAUUUCUUUCAUCUACGUACUUUCAUAAAUCAUGACGACAAUAUCUGUAUGCAUAUAUUAAUAUAUAAGCCAUAAAUUACUUAAAGAAUUAUUAAGGUUCUUCAUCAUAUAUUGAGAUGUAUUAUAUCAAACCAUCAUAUUAUAAAGUAGCCUUAAUGUAGAAUGUUUUAAUUAUAAUAAGUACACGAUGUAAUAGAAGAAACAAAUUGGAUAUAUAUU